AUGGAAUUAAGAGACCAUCAAACCGCUCAUUAUUCCCUUAGACCCAGGAGAGAUCACCCUCCUCCGAACCCAGAUCCGGCGGCGCCACCACCUGCGCCGUCGUCUCCGGUUCGCUACCGUGAAUGUUUGAGGAACUACGCCGUGAAGAGCGGCGGGCACGUGCUCGAUGGGUGCGGAGAGUUCAUGCCCAGUGGGGAAGAUGGUACUGCUGAUGGGUUCAAGUGCGCCGCCUGCGAAUGUCACCGGAGUUUCCACCGGAGAGUAGUGGAGGUGGUGGAUAACGGCCGGAUUAAGGUCGUGAGUUACGGUAUGUUUAAUUAUUAUUAUUAUUAUUAUUAUUAUUAUAUAUUGAGAUCUAAUAAUGAAAAGGAAAAUUAUCGGCGGAGUUUCGCUGGUCCGGUGAUGAUGGCGUUCGGCGGUUCGGCGGAAGGCCCGGCGGAGUCGUCAAGCGACGGCGGAGAAGCGUCGGGGAAGGCAAAGAAGCGGGUGAGGACGCAGUUCAUCGUAGAAGAGAAGGGUAAAAUGAUGAGGCACUAG